AUGUCACCUCUGGAAUGUUCUGAGUGUUUUGGUGACCAACUUACGCAUACGACCUACACGUGGCAUCUAACAUUGCACUCGAGGCCAAAUUUUACAAGAAAAAGAGAUACCAGAUCUGAAAGCCUAGAAAUUCCAAUCAAUGUGGUUCUACCUCAGAGGGGCACAGCCGAGCCUUUCCUGAGGCUCCACAACUUGUACUCCACCCCGCGCUGCGCCAGGCAGGCCGCCCUGCCCAGGCUGAGCCGCCGGGUGGUCAGCCAGCACUCCUACCCGCUGAAUCGCUUCUCCUCCGUGCCCUUGGACCCCAUGGAGCGCCCCACCUCCCAGGCGGACCUCGAGCUGGAUUACAACCCUCCCCGCGUGCAGCUCAGCGAUGAGAUGUUCGUCUUCCAGGACGGGCGGUGGGUGAACGAGAACUGCCGCCUGCAGUCGCCGCACUUCUCUCCCUCCUCCUCGUUCCACCACAAGCUGCACCACAAGAGGCUGGCCAAGGAGUACCUGCUGCAGGAGGAGAACAAGGCCCUGCGGGAGGAGAACAAGGGCCUGCGCGAGGAGAACAAGACCCUCCGCAAGGAGAACAAGAUCCUGCAGAUCUUCUGGGAGGAGCACAAGGCCACGCUGGGCCGGGAGGAGAGCAGGGCCUCCUCACUGCUGCUGCACAAGGACAGCGUGGCCCUGGAGGUGGUGAAGAAGGACCCGGCCCUGCAAGCACACCGCGGCAAGGAGACCAGCACCCUCCAGCUGCUCCGCGAGGAGAACCGCGCCCUGCAGCAGCUGCUGGAGCAGAGGAAGGCCUUUUGGGGCCAGGCCGAGGAGAAGGCGGCGCCCAUGGAGGAGAACAAGCGGGCGCCCUCGCCCCACGAAGAGCCGCACGGCCCCGGGCUGCUGCCGGAGCAGGGCCCGGGCCUCGCCUCCCCCUUCGAGGAGCCCAAGGGGUCCGCCACGCCGCAGGAAGACUCCAAGACGCUCCGCGCCCUGCGCGAGAUGGUCAGCAACCUGUCGGGGUCCUCCGGGGAGGAGGAGGGCAAGGCGGGCCCCGGCCUGCCGGACGGGAGCCAGUGCUUGGAGCUGCUGAGGGAGAUGAACCAGGCGCUGCAGGCGCUGCGGGAGGAGAACCAGAACCUGCAGGUCCUGCGCGAGGAGAACCGGCUCCUGCAGGAGGAGAACAGGGCGCUGCACGUGCUGCGCGAGGAGCACCGGCUCUUCCAGGAAGAGAACAAGGCCCUGUGGGAGAACAACAAGCUGAAGCUGCAGCAGAAGCUGGUCAUCGACACGGUGACCGAGGUCACCGCCCGUAUGGAGAUGCUCAUUGAGGAGCUCUAUGCCUUCAUGCCGGCUAAGAGCAAGGACCCCAAGAAGCCCAGCAGGAUCUGA